GACAAAGAAGCCUGGCAGGUUACAGUUCAUGGGGUCGCAAAGAGUCAGACACGACUGAGCAACACACGCACACAACCUGAGUUUAAUAAAAAUCAAUAAACAAAAGCUAUUAAUUUGUUCUAUAUUUAAACAGGGAAGGAUUUUUAAGGGAUGGAGUUAAAAUAACCUAUAUUAGGGGGGAAGUGUGCUUGAAAAAUGUAUACAGGUCACAAAAUGUAGCUCAGAAUAUUAUUUUAAUACUUUUUCAAGCAAAACAGACUAUAAAGUUGCUGAUUAGUAAGUAAUAAUCUCAAAUGUCAUAUCAUGGUGCUUGCAUCUGACUCAUUAAUCUUUUCAAAUGUUAGGUGUUACGUGUAGAGAGAAAUGAGUCAUUUAUUGUUUAAACAGAGCAGCUGUUAGCUUUUUCUAGUGUGUUAAAACCUUUAGUGGCAUCUAUAAAUGGAAAAAGAGUCAAUAAACUCUUCUCUCAGCUGUUGUUUUAGCAGCUGACAGUACCAUUGACUUCACCGUGAUGUAAAAUAAGAGGAAAAAACCUUUACUCAUGGAUGGAGACCUUGAAAUUUAAAAAUACAUAUUUCCCUGAUCUAAGGACAUUCAUUCAUUCCUUCAACAAAUAUUUAUGGAGCACUCGUGAGGUCGUGUGGUUAUAGCAUUGAACAAAACAAACCUCCCCAAAUCCCUGUGUUUAUGGAGCUUAUGUUCUUUUGAGCAUGUUUAAGAAUACCAAUCUUUGAAAGUACAGUAUAUUUACAGCCCGACUGAGUUUUUUAUAAUGUGAUAACAUAAUUUUAUAAUAAAAUAUUUCAUGAAGAAGUAUAUGAUGCUAUUUGUAUAUAAACAAAGGAUCAGUUUUUUUCAAGUCAUGCCUUAGGCAUCCCAUACUUAAUAUGGUGUGUUCUAUUAUAGUCAACAACUUAAAUUAUGUUCUAAGUUGUAUAUUCUUUUUUUUUCAUGUAUAAAGCCUGCUUUUCAAAUAAUACCAGGGAUUUAGCACUUCGUCCUGAUUUUGCUGUGUUCUGUUGAUUACAUUGUUCUGAUAGGGUUACAUCUGUUCCAUUUUUUUAAUUUUUAUUUAAUGAAAGAUCAACACUUAAAACCACAGAAUAUCUUUAUUAAUCAUAUUGUAUACGUUGUGGGAUUUUUCUUUCCCUAGUGUCAACUUUUAACUUUUUUUCCUGGUUUUAUUAUUAUUAUUUGCCACAUCAAAUCCUUUGUAGAGCACGGCAGAGUGUGAACAAGUAAUUUGAUAAUUUAAUUCAAUACUAAUUGUAGUUUUUCCACCUAAGAGUAACGAUAAUUUAGGAUGUCUUAGAAAGUUAGCAGUUUCUUUCCAUUUAAUUUAGUCAUGAUGGGGGGGGGUAUUAUUAUUUUAAAGGUUUUUUCCCAAAAAAAUAUCUACCUAAGUAGCGGUCUUUCAGUUUCCUACUUCUCAAAGAAUAUUAUAUAUCCUGUUUUAAGUAGAAAAUAAACAUUUAUAACAGUUAUUGGAAAGAGGAUAUUGCUUAUGAGUAUUCAAAUGAACUCACCUCAAUAUUCUUGACCUUUGCAUCAUUAAUUCAGAUAGCCAAGUAGCUUGCCACUAAACCAGUUUUAGCGGACUGACUCAUUUUUAUGAUUCAGUUUUGUGUUAGUUCAAUGAACAUUUUCUCGUGGUAUCCUUUAUUAGCCUAUCUUCUAAUGCUUCAUGUAUUUUAAAGCUUUCUACUUCAUUUAAACCUCUUGUUUCUUAGCUGUUUCCUUAGUGAUUAAAAGUUCCAGUUGUUCCUUUCAAUCUCUGACAGCUGCAAGAGCAACUCUUCUUCCAAGCUAGCUCUCCUGCAUUCCCCUUGUUAGCGUUGGUAUCUAUAUUUAGCUGGUGGGAUUAAAUUGCAAAGGCUUCAAGCUGGGCAGAGCACACUGAUCUGCCUUUUUACUGCUAGACCCGUGUGCUGUGAGGAGCUAAGGCCUUAGUGUCCCCUUCCUUACCCAGGUUACUCACAAAAUGGAUUCCCAGCGGGAACUCGCAGAGGAACUGCGGCUUUACCAAUCCACCCUUCUUCAGGAUGGUCUAAAAGAUCUCCUGGAUGAGAAAAAAUUCAUCGAUUGCACCCUAAAAGCAGGUGACAAAAGUCUUCCUUGCCACAGAUUGAUUUUGUCAGCUUGUAGUCCUUACUUCCGUGAGUAUUUUUUAUCUGAAAUUGACGAGGCGAAAAAAAAGGAGGUAGUACUAGAUAAUGUGGAUCCUGCUGUACUGGAUUUAAUCAUUAAGUACCUAUACUCUGCCAGUAUUGAUCUCAACGACGGAAACGUGCAAGAUAUUUUUGCAUUGGCCAGCCGCUUUCAGAUCCCCUCCGUGUUCACUGUCUGCGUUUCUUAUCUUCAGAAAAGACUUGCUCCUGGUAACUGUCUAGCUAUUCUAAGAUUAGGACUUCUCCUUGACUGCCCAAGACUUGCCAUCUCUGCCCGUGAAUUUGUGUCUGAUCGCUUUGUACAGAUUUGUAAGGAAGAGGACUUCAUGCAACUGUCUCCGCAGGAGCUGAUCUCAGUCAUUUCCAAUGACAGCCUAAAUGUAGAAAAGGAAGAAGCAGUAUUUGAGGCAGUGAUGAAAUGGGUGCGAACAGACAAAGAAAAUAGGGUUAAAAACCUUAGCGAAGUGUUUGAUUGUAUUCGUUUUCGCCUUAUGACAGAAAAAUAUUUUAAAGAUCAUGUUGAAAAAGAUGAUAUAAUUAAAAGCAACCCAGAACUCCAGAAAAAAAUCAAAGUUCUCAAAGAUGCCUUUGCAGGCAAACUCCCAGAACCUAGCAAAAACACAGAGAAGGCUGGGGCUAGUGAGGUGAAUGGUGAUGUUGGUGAUGAAGAUUUACUUCCUGGUUACCUGAAUGAUAUUCCCAGGCAUGGAAUGUUUGUCAAGGACCUCAUCCUCUUGGUUAAUGACACAGCUGCUGUGGCUUAUGAUCCCACGGAAAAUGAAUGCUACCUUACUGCGCUGGCUGAGCAGAUCCCCAGAAAUCAUUCCAGCAUCGUUACCCAGCAAAAUCAGGUGUACGUGGUAGGAGGACUGUACGUGGAUGAAGAAAAUAAAGAUCAACCUCUACAGUCCUACUUCUUCCAGCUUGAUAAUGUAGCAUCUGAGUGGGUUGGACUCCCACCUCUGCCUUCAGCUAGGUGUCUCUUCGGUCUGGGAGAGAUAGAUGACAAAAUCUAUGUAGUUGCAGGCAAAGACCUUCAAACAGAGGCUUCUCUGGAUACAGUAUUAUGCUAUGAUCCUGUGGCAGCCAAAUGGAAUGAAAUUAAAAAGCUUCCUAUCAAAGUAUAUGGCCAUAGUGUGAUUUCACAUAAGGGGAUGAUAUAUUGUCUUGGAGGAAAGACAGAUGACAAAAAGUGUACAAACAGAGUGUUUGUCUACAACCCUAAAAAAGGAGAUUGGAAAGAUCUGGCUCCAAUGAAAAUCCCUCGUUCCAUGUUUGGAGUGGCAGUCCAUAAAGGCAAAAUUGUGAUUGCUGGAGGCGUCACUGAAGACGGUCUUUCAGCUUCAGUUGAAGCUUUUGACCUCAACACCAAUAAGUGGGAAGUAAUGACUGAAUUUCCCCAAGAAAGAAGUUCCAUCAGUUUGGUCAGCUUGGCUGGAUCCCUGUAUGCCAUCGGUGGUUUUGCCAUGAUUCAGCUGGAAUCUAAAGAAUUUGCACCCACUGAAGUCAAUGACAUAUGGAAGUAUGAAGAUGAUAAAAAAGAAUGGGCUGGGAUGCUAAAGGAAAUACGUUAUGCUUCAGGAGCUAGUUGCCUAGCAACACGGUUAAAUCUCUUCAAACUGUCUAAGCUAUAAACAAGAAGGUGAAAAAAACAUAAUAGAUAGGGAGGUGGUCUGUUUGGGUAAUACGGCCUUAAUUUAUUGUUUUUAAAAAGCCUAUACAGAGAUUCCAUGUAGAAAUUAUCUUCUGUGUUAUUGUCCAAGAGAUUAGCAGUGGGCAUCAAAACCUCAAAGUUAUUGAAUCUUCAAUGUAACAAUCAGAGCUUAAAAAAAUAAUAAAUAUUAAAUUGAACAGAUUAUUUCUCUUGUUAAUCUGUCUCAAUCAAUUCUAAAGGAGCCUCCUAAAUUUGAGUUUAUUAAUCCUUUCAUUUGCAUUGUUAAGGUGCCUUUACACUCCUUUUUCUAUUACAAAUGAAACUGGAGAAUGAAAUAUGUACAUUUACAUUUAAAAAAAUUUUUAAAUAGCAAAACCUUUCCUCAUGCUUCAAGAUAUAACAAGAACUCUGUGCAAUAUAUUAAAGAUUAUAUGCUGUGAGAAAACUUUGGAAAUGCUGUCAGAAGAGUAUAAUAAAUGGAUUUCAUUUGAAAGGGAAAAGUCUCUAAGUAAAAAUAGUCAAAUUCAAGUUGUCUUUCUUUUCUCCCCUUUCUUUUUGCAACACUGGUAUAUUUUUUGUGAUUUAAAUCAAAUUUAAAAAUUUUAAAUUUAAAACCAGUAAAUCACAGUCUUCAAGUCCUUAACUGCAGUAUCUGUAGUAGAAGGGCUGGGAGGCAAUCUUAGGAAAAGGAUUGAUUCCUUAACUGCUGGGGCAGAAUUUGGGGCCAGCGGGUGGUAUGGAGAAGGGUGUGUAUUCAUUGCUUUGAGUUUUAUCUAUGCUUUAAAGAGCUACCUAUUUGCAAAUUUCAGAUAGAAGGAUGACUGUAUUAUUCUAUUUUCUUGGAUGUAAAACCCUACAUUCAAGUUGUUUGUUCUUACCAUACACAGUAAGAUGACAUCUCAGUCUGUCCAAAACCAUUACAUUCUACUGUCUGCAAGUCAUGAACUAAUCAUCGCUUAUGGGUCUCAUGUACUUUCACAGACAUGUUUGACUUCUAGGCUUACAUGUGUUAUUUUCUGAGAGGCCUGACUUGGAGUAUUCCAUUAUUGUUAAGCAACUGCAUAAAAAUAUGAAUGUUCUUUAUUUUCUGUAUCAUAAAUAUGGGAACAUUCAAUAAAAUUUAGUCAUACUGUGGAUCUCUGAAGUAUAAUCUUGAGUACUUUUCUAUAUUGAACCGCACCCUGAGUAUACAAUCAGCAAAUCCCAAAGGUGGGAAACUACAGGUUAUUUAGCAGAUAAAUUGUUAAGAAGGAGAGAUGCUAAUAGAUUAAG